ACUUGUCAUCCUCGAAAAUGAAUGUUCAAUCGGCUGCACCAUCCCAUUCUCGACGGAGAUCCAUCCCUCUGCUGCCGACGGCCAAAUUCUCCUCAAGUUUUUCGACGUCUGCACUUGGUGGUGAUAAAUCAUAUAUAGAGGAUCCAGCGCAUUUCACCGACAAUUUCUUUGAAAUUCCUGUAUGUGCGGUAUCAAUGACUUACAUGAACACAUACGUGGACAGGAAAUUGCAUGAGAAUUCAUAUUGGGUCUCGAUGCAUCCAGCCGUGGCAGAUUUCUGUUUUCAUUGGAUGGAUCAGGCCCAGCAGACGUAUCUUGGGUCUGAGUAUCAAAAACCUUCAUCUUACCUGACGAAGAAGCAACGUAGACAAAGAGUAAAUGUUGAGCAGCGAGAAUUCAACCACAGAUUUCGUAGUAUCUCGGACGAUGAGGAGAAACUUGUUAUGUUGGCUGAGGCUUUUCCCAAUCUGGGGAUAAAGAUAUUAGAAUCCGAUCUCGUGAUCCGUGUUGAUAGAUUGGUACCUACCAAUACCUAUUUGAAGUUCCUGAACAAGAAGUACAAUUACCAUGGCCUAAAUUUGAAGCUACCGGUCGAUAAAUAUUUUCUGUCGGCGAUUUUUUUCCAUCGCAAACUGGCUCCUG